AUGAAUUGUCCUUUAAUUCGUCAUGAAGGGAAAGAACCAAACUCUCCACAUAAAAAUGCUGUGAAAUGUUGCGAGGAUUUACAGAAUUAUUCACGACAUAUUGACAAGCUAAUUGAGAAACAAACGUCAAAAGAAUUAGAGAAUAAUCAGUUGCGGCUCAAAACCUCAAUAGAGUGUGCUCGAUGGCUAGCAUUCCAAGCUUGUGCUUUUAGAGGUCAUGAUGAAAGCCUUGAUUCAAAAAAUAGAGGCAAUUUUAUUGAAUUGAUAAAAUUGACAUCAACUUUUAAUGACAAAGUAGCUAGUGUUGUCUUGGAAAAUGCUCCUGGAAAUGCCAAAUAUACAUCACCCACAAUUCAAAAGGAGAUUUUGCAUAUUCUUGCUAAUAAUGUGCGAAAUGCUAUUCGUGAAGAAAUUGGAGAUGCAAAAUUCUGCAUUCUUGUUGAUGAAGCUCGGGAUGAGUCGAAGAGAGAGCAAAUGGCCAUCAUUUUGAGAUUUGUUGAUAAAGAAGGUUUUAUUAAAGAGCGUUUUUUUUAUGUUGUGCAUGUUAGAGACACUACUGCAUUGACUUUAAAGAAUGAGAUAUGUGCUGUCCUUUCUCGUUAUAACCUCCACAUUGAAAAUAUUCGAGGUCAAGGAUAUGAUGGGGCUAGUAACAUGCGUGGUGAAUGGAAUGGAUUACAAGCUCUUUUUCUUAAAGAUUGUCCAUAUGCUUAUUAUGUACAUUGUAUGGCUCAUAGGUUGCAAUUAGCUCUAGUUACAGCAUCUAGAGAAGUAAAAGAUGUUCAUCAAUUCUUUGAUCAUUUGGUCAAUAUUAUCAAUAUUGUUGUUGGUUCUAGUAAGCGUAGUGAUGAAUUGCAACAUGCUCAAGCAGAACAAGUUGAGAAUAUGAUUGCUUCUAAUGAAAUUGAGACUGGAAGAGGUGCAAACCAGAUUGGUACUUUGCAACGAGCUGGAGAUACUAGGUGGGGAUCUCAUUUUCAAUCUAUUUGUAGUUUGAUUAAAAUGUUUGAUGCUACUUGCAAAGUUAUCAACACUAUUUCUGAGGAAGGAGCUAAUUAUAAACAACGCGGUGAUGCCGAGGGAGCUUAUCAGUUGAGAGAUGAUGGAUGGGAGCCUUUACUGGCUAGUGUUAUAUCAUUUUGUGAGCAACAUGAAAUUGAUAUUCCUGAUAUGAAUGCUCGUUACACUAAAGGUCGAGGUAGAUAUCGUCGUCAAGAUGACGAUUUAACAAUGGAACAUCAUUUUAGAAUUGGCAUAUUUACAGUUGCAAUAGACUUUCAAUUGCAAGAAUUGAAAAGUAGAUUUUGUGAGCUAACAACGAAACUUGUCAUUCUUAGUUCAGCUUUAAAUCCCAAGUAUGCUUUUAGAUUAUUCAAGAUUGUUGAUAUAUGCAAUUUGGUUAAGAAAUAUUAUCCUCAAGAUUUCACUGAACAUGAACAAGAACUUUUGGAGUCUCAAUUGCGACAUUAUGAGCUUGAUGUGAUAAAACAUCCAGAUUUUCAGAAUAUGAGUACAAUUUCCGAGCUAUGUAGGGGAUUAAAAAUUUCAGGAAAGUCUCACAUAUAUUUUUUGAUUGAUAGACUUAUUCGUCUUGUGUUGACCCUUCCAGUUUCUCAGCUAUGA